GUAUCCGGGCGAUUUUCAGGCGAUUGAAACCCUGGGAAACAUUUUCCGACAUUAUCUCCGGUCUUCUUCCACAUAUUUCCAUCAAAAUACCUUUCUUUCAAUUCCCCUUAUCAUAAUCUUUCGUGGGAUGCAAUUUUCACGAACUGAUCUUCACUAUUCUUAUAAACUUGAGCCAGUUAUUGGCAGUUACGAUGCCCAGAACGCGAGCGUGUUCUUCUUCACCCCAACAUACAACAUCAUCAUCAUCAGCGUCUUAUUCUGGCACAUCUAGAUCACACUCUCCUUACAAUCUUGUAUUGAGACCACCUAUACACAACGAUGGCCGGAUUCCAUGUCCAUUCAAGGAUUAUGAUGAAUGCGGCAAUGGAAUUAGUGGGAGAGGAUAUGUUCGCAGUUCCUUCCAAAGACAUCUUAAUGAUAUCCAUUUUCCGACCGAUCAGGCCAAGCAACAAUGCAGAGAAAGGCUUGCCACGUACAGGGGUACAUACAUUGCUUGGGAAGCAGUCCUACAACAUAUGCGCUGUUGGUUGUGCAGGCACUGUAUGAUCAUACAUGCUUGGAAGAAAACCUGUAACCAUAAUAACGUGAUCAUAGCAGGGCCUGUUGACAAAGAUGGACACGUUAAGUUUCUCAUUUCAGACAUUCCCAGUCCUCCAACCACAGUCAGUGAUACACCAAUCACUGAGACAGAUACGUUGUCUGUAUCUCUAUCACCGGAGUUACUGAAUGACGUUUUCCAGAGGCACUUCACUAUAAUCUCCAGCGUUCCUCCACCUUGCAGGCCUUACAAGAUUGGCGAGAAUCUAACGGUUGUCUCACCUUAAUUACCAAGUUGCUGGAACUUCCAAAACGCAAAAUGCCUAGCAAACCGAAGAGCAAGCAAUCACAAAACGCUUCCACUCUAUAAGCAUGUCGAAAGAAGAUCUCACAUGGUCACUAUACUGCAGCAAUUAAGGUGCUUUCAUCAAAUGGCAUAGCCCCAUGCACUGAGGCUACUCUUAUGGAAUUAGCAGACAAGCACCCCAUUGCUCCAUCACCUACCAUUCCAGUUGAUACUAUUCCUUGUGAAGCACUUACUGUGGAUACAACGACAGUGCUCAAAGUUAUUAAAAGCUUUCCCAAAGGAACGUCGUGCGGGAGAGAUGGCUUACGUGCACAACAUCUCCUCGAUGCUAUGAGUGGCGCAGCGAACUCGGUUGCGGAUGAGCUGUUAUCAUCAAUUACUAAGGUGAUUAAUCUAUGGCUAUCAGGUAAGUGUCCAUCUGUGCUUGGUAAAUUCAUAGCUAGCGCUCCUCUCACCCCGUUACAGAAUCCCGGUGGUGGCAUUCAGCCAAUCGCUGUAGGAACCAUUUGGAGGAGAUUAGUCUCUAAACUGGAAGCCAACAAAGUUGGGAAAGACAUGUCUAUGGUACCUGUGAGACUACCAAUUUGGAGUAGGAGUGCCUUGUGGAGGAGAAUGCAUUCUCCAUUCUGUCAACAGGCUAAUGGAGAUGAAAGGCCACGAACCCGGUACCACUAUGCUACUCGUCAAUUUUACAAAUGCAUUCAACUUGGUGGAUGAAACCAUAAUGGUUAAGGA